CUUUAGACCCUCAAUAUGUGUUUAGUGCUCCCCAAAGGCACAGCAUAACGUGAAAAAAAUUAUUAAAUUUUGUGAUAUCUUUGUUUUGCAACAAAAAUUAAGAAUUAAUGGUGAAAUGCUUCCUUUUGCACUUGCAAUUUGUGCUGGUAUUUUUCUUCUUCAUCACUUCUGGACGAACCGGGAGCUGUACCGACUGUCAUGGAUAAUGCCAGGACCUCUUAUGGUUCCACUCCUUGGGAAUGCUUACAGUAUCAUCGGCAGGACACAUGAAGGUCUUUUAGAAUUACUGGAUAAAGUAGUCGCAGACUAUCCUGGUCCCCUACUUAGAUACUGGCUAGGUCCUAAACUCUACGUUCUUAUAAGAAAACCCGAAGACAUGCAGACAGUUUUGAAUGCUCCUGAAUGCCUAAAUCGGGACGAUGUCUACAAAUACGUGACAAAUUUGUCAGGAAAUGGGCUCGUAGCUUUGCCAGUUGAGAAAUGGAAGGAGCACCGGAAGUACCUAAAUCCCACAUUUAGCCUUAAAAUCCUUCAGAGCUACAUGCCUAUCUUCAAUAAGGAAACUCGAACUCUUGUUGAUCGACUUAAGCAAUUCGAUAAGAAGCCCGAAUUUGAUAUUUAUCAUUUUAUGGAUGCUUGCACGUUGGACACAGUUUGUCAGACAACCAUGGGGAGUGAGAUGAAUAUUCAGAAAAAUCAAAAUAGCGACUACCUCGAAGCUGCCAACAAUUUGCUGUCGAUCAUCACAACACGCAUUUUCAAUCCACUCUUCCACUCAGAUCUCAUUUUCCGCCUUACAAAGUGGUACAAAAUUGAGCAGAAGAGCAUAGAAAUUGUUUUUGGUUUCGUAGAUAAGAUUCUUCAGAGGAAGAAAAAGGAGUACCAUGUGAUACAGGAUACGUGUGAAAAGGACGAAGGGAAGUCUUUCAAGUCACCUCAGCUGUACAUUGAUCAACUCCUUAAACUUUCCAUUGAAGGGAAUAUUUUUACAGAUGAAGACGUUAAGAAUGAAUCCAAUACGAUAAUUUCCACGGGCUUUGAGAGCACAGCUCUAAUCACAUCGUACUGCAUCCUCAUGCUGGCUAUGCACCCUGAAAUGCAAGAGAAGGUAUAUGAGGAAAUUGGGGCAGUCGUCGCUGAUCCGACAGAGGUGAAGUACGAAGAGUUGGGGGACUUGAAGUACACCGAGAGGGUAAUUAAGGAAACCAUGAGACUCUUCCCCACAGUACCGGCAAUUGCUCGAGUGGCGAGUGCUCCUUUUCAGCUGAGAGAGUACACAAUUCCCACCAAUACACACUUUGUCAUUGGCAUCGUGACGUUGCACCGUGACAAGGAGGUCUGGGGCCCGCGAGCCCAUCAAUUUGAUCCGGAUCACUUCCUCCCGGAGAACAUGGAGAAAAUCCACCCCUAUGCCUAUGUACCCUUCAGUGCUGGGCCGAGGAAUUGCAUUGGCAUCAAGUACGCCUACAUGCUGAUGAAAGUUCUCAUGGUGCACCUCGUCAGUAGCUACAAGUUCCACACACAGCUGCGUCUCCCUGACCUCAAGCAUCGUGUCGACAUCACCCUCAAGCUAAACAACAAGCACAUGGUGUCGAUUCGGACGAGAGACAAAUACUUGGUAUGUGUGCGACCAACGAUGGUGGACCCGAGGCGUGCCCAACUAACUUCCCGACGGCCAAUGGGCGAUCAUCGUGCGAUCUCCAUUUCGUCGAGGGAGCUCUAUCGGCUCACAUGGCAUAUGCCAGGACCCUUUGUGGUGCCCCUCAUAGGGAACUUCCAGACAGCUCUCGGAAUCUCCCAUGAGGGUGUCAUUAAUCUCGUGAAGUACAUCUUUAAGAACUUCAAUUCACCUUCGAGAUGGUGGAUUGGGACGAAAAUGUAUGUGAUGGUGAAGAAACCUGAAGACAUGCAAACUGUUCUCAACUCCCCUCAUUGCCUAAGUCGUGCAGAAGUUUAUGAAUUUCUGAAAUCCUUCGGAGGUGAUGGAUUAGUGGCACUUCCAGAACCUGAAUGGAAAUUUCAUCGAAAGCUCCUAAAUCCAACGUUUAGCCUGAAAAUUCUUCAAACCUAUAUGCCAAUCUUCAACAAAGAAGUAAAAAUUCUGGUCUCACGCUUCGAGGAGAUUUGCAACAGGACCAAACCCACGGAUAUUUAUAAUUAUAUGGACGCCCUGACGCUAGAUGUGGUUUGCCAAACAACGAUGGGGACGGAGAUGCACAUCCAGAAGAACCAGAAUAUUGAAUACUUGGAAGCGGGAAAUAAUUUAUUGUCCAUCAUCUCAGCACGAAUGUUCAAUCCUCUCCUCCAAUGCAACUGGAUCUUUCGUCUAACGAAGCUGUAUAAGGUGGAAAAAUGGAGCUCUGGCAUUACCUUUGGGUUUGUUGAUAAAAUCCUUCAGAAAAAGAAGACAAACUUUGACUACUCAGAUGAGCUGAAGAGCGCAGUUGAUGAUGAUCUACCGCUGAGAACUCCGCAGAUCUACAUAGAUCAGCUCAUGAAGCUCCUCAUGAUUGAAAAGAAGUUUAACGAUCACGAUGUCAUAAGUGAAGCCAAUACAAUCGUUGCCACCGGAUUCGAAAGCACAGCCUUGGUUAGCUCUUACUGCAUCCUUAUGUUGGCUAUGUUCCAAGAACAUCAGCAGAGAAUAUACGAAGAGAUUAAAUCAAUCAUGCCGAAUAGAAAGGAUGAUGUGCAAUACGAUGAUUUUAGCAAAUACGAUUUUCUUGAUAGGUUUAUCAAGGAGACAAUGCGACUCUUCCCGUCGGUUCCAUUGAUUGCGCGAAACGUUACGGAUUCUUUUAAGCUGGGCGAAUACACCAUUCCACCGGGUACGAAUAUUGUUUGUGCCAUAAGUGAGAUGCAGAGGGAUACGGAAGUUUGGGGGCCACAGGCUGAAGAAUUCAAUCCUGACAACUUCCUCCCGGAAAACUUGGAGAAAGUCCACCCCUACGCCUAUUUGCCCUUCAGUGGAGGCCCCAGGAACUGCAUAGGCAUCAAGUAUGCCUACAUGUUCCUCAAGACAAUCCUCAUUCAUCUCGUGAGUAACUUCAAGUUCCGCACAGACCUCAAGAUGAGCGAAUUUCGCCAUCGAAUGGACAUAACGUUCAAGCUAAUCAACAAGCACAUGGGAAUGGAAUACACCGGAAAUGUUGAUUAUGUCGCAACUGCCACAUGGAAGAAUGUGACAGCCCCAAAUCGAUGUGCAACUCAAAUUCACCUCAUGAAUUUCUGCAUGAGAAGUGCAGCCCUGGAGCGAAUUCUUUACACGGACGUCUCGCAUUGCAUGACAAAGUGCGACAAGAUUGAGAAGACGUGUCUGGAAAUCGUAUUUUACCACCCUCAACAAGAAAUGUUGGGAAUAGCUCUUAUUUGUACGGUGUUUGUGCUGUGGUUCUUCCACUACCUAUGGAGGGAUUGGGAGCUCUAUCGGGUGGCGUGGAAGAUGCCAGGACCUUUUAUGCUUCCCCUCAUUGGGAAUGCCUACUGCACAAUAGGAUUAUCGCAUGAAGGUCUCCUGGACUACCUGAAGGUACUCUGUCACAAAUACCCAAGUCCAAUGAGAUUCUGGCUUGGGCCGAGGCUGUUUGUGCUUAUUUCACAACCGGAAGAGUGUCAGAAUGUCUUCAAUGCCAAUGAGUGCCUCAGUCGUGACGAUAUCUAUGAUUACAUUAAACCCUUCACUGGAGAUGGGCUUGUUACACUUCCAGCUGAAACAUGGAAGGAUCAUAGGAAAUUUCUGAAUCCCUGCUUCAGCUUAAAAAUCCUUCAGAGCUACAUGCCGAUCUUCAAUACGGAAGUCAAGACACUUAUUGGCCGCCUUGGACAGAGGAUAGGCAAAGGAUCAUUCGAUAUGUACGACUACAUGGAUGCUUGUGCCUUGGACGUUGUCUGUCAAACAACUCUUGGAACUCAGAUGAAUAUUCAGAAGAAUGAAAAUAUGGAUUACCUUGACGCAGCCAACAGCCUUCUGGCCACAAUGACAACACGAAUUUUCAACCCCCUCUACCAUUCAGACUUCAUUUUUAACCUGAGCAAAUGGGCAAAAAUGGAGCAGAAGAACUCCGACAUCACCUUCGGGUUUGUCGAUAACAUUCUGCAGAGGAAGAAAGCUGCUUACAAAAAGUCUCAGUCAAGUGAUGAGCAAAACAACCUGGAUGAGGGUACUUCAUUCAAGUCACCUCAGUUAUUCAUUGAUCAACUACUAAAACUCUCGAUGGAGGGAAAGUAUUUCACCGACACAGACGUUAAGAACGAAGCCAACACCAUCGUUGCCACGGGGUACGAGAGCACAGCCCUAAUCACGUCGUAUUGCAUCCUUAUGCUGGCCAUGCAUCAGGACAUGCAGCAGAAGGCCUACGAGGAAAUCAAAGGGGUCAUCCCAAAGACGGGUGAUGAUGUCAAAUACGACGACUUGAGUCAAUUGGAUUACGUUGAACGAUGCCUAAAGGAGACUAUGAGGCUCUUCCCAACAGUUCCGGUUGUAGCGCGAAAAGUCGAUGCACCAUUCAAGCUCGACAAGUACACGAUUCCCGCGGGAACUCACAUUGUCAUUGGUGUAAUGGAAAUGCAGCGAAAUCCAAAGUAUUGGGGACCCAAUGCGGACAAAUUCAAUCCUGACAUCUUCCUCCCGGAGAACUUUGAGAAAAUCCACCCCUACGCCUAUAUACCCUUCAGUGCUGGCCCGAGGAAUUGCCUGGGCAUGAAAUAUGCAUACAUGCUACUCAAGGUGAUCAUGGUGCACCUCCUCAGCAAUUAUCGCUUCACGACGGAUCUCAAGUUCGAAGAACUCCGUCAUCGUGUCGACAUCACACUCAAGCUGACCCAGAAGCACAUGGUUCACGUGCACAGGCGCGAGUAGUAGACGUGUGGAAAAAUUACCUCUAAGAAAUUACACUCUGAGAAAAUUGUACAACUGGGUGAUUCAUUAAAGGCUAAAAAAAUACUCA